AUGCAUGAGCUAUUACUCACCGAUUACAACUCUGAGCUCGGUGAUGUUGACAAUGAGGUCCUUCUGGCUGCCAAGAUUUGGGCUAAGGAGGCACUGGAUGCUACCCGACAGUUCUUGGAGGAGCAGUCGCCGGAGUGCGAUUGGAAAGGUGACACUCUGUUAUCGUCGUUGGCAGCUCUAGGUUACGAUGAUAACCUCUCGGAUUUUCUCCGCGCUGAGCCCAAGCAUCUACGGGAUGUAAUCACCGAGGCAACGGACGCAUGA